AUGAUGAAGUGGGUGUACGGCUUCCCCUUAUUGGCGCUAGCGCUGGCUCUCGGCCACGAAAACGAAGGCGACGACAUCGACUCCACCUCGCGCCUCCCCACCUCGGUAUGGGUGACCACCACCAUCGCCGGCGGCGGCCUUGCCACCAUCCAAGUGCAAUUCACGCAGACGUUUGCUCCUGUGGCAUCGUCGGCGGCGGAAGUGCCGCUGGGAGAGAUGGGCUUGGGCACGAUUUCCGGCUCCGUCGGCGGCGACCGUAUUUAUGAGACCACCACCAUUGGCGGCGCCGGAGCCGCCCUGGUGAUGUGGGGCGGCGCCGCCAUGGUCCUCGGCGGCCUCUUGCUUUAG